CGGCAAACGCUGCCGUGUUCUGUGUUCUUGUCUUCGGCAGCAGGGUUUCCCGGCUGUCCCGCCCGUCCCGAGGCGGUGCGAGGAGAGUCCCGCGGCUUCACCUCUCCGCUGCGGCCACUGCUGCUUCCCCCCAGCACCCCCCGCCUCUAGCGGGGCGCGGAGGCCAUGUUCCCGCUGGACUCCACCUGGAAUAUCUCCUUCGCCGGCUGCGGCUUCCUGGGGGUCUAUCACAUCGGCGUGGCCAGCUGCCUGCAGGAACAUGCCCCGUUCCUGGUCGCCAACGCCAAGAAGGUGUACGGCGCCUCGGCCGGGGCGCUCACCGCCACCGCCCUCGUCAGCGGCGCCUGCCUUGGUGAGGCUGGUGCCAGCAUUAUUCGUGCGUCAAAAGAAGCCCGGAAGAGGUUCUUGGGCCCACUCCAUCCCUCUUUCAACUUGGUGAAGACCAUUCGGAUGUGCCUGUACAAGAUGGUGCCAGAGAAUGGGCAUGAGGUUGCAGCAGGACGUUUGGGUAUUUCCCUGACGCGGGUCUCUGAUGGAGAAAAUGUGAUAUUGUCAGACUUCAAUUCCAGGGAGGAACUGAUCCAGGCCUGUGUCUGCAGCACCUUUAUCCCUGUCUAUUGUGGGCUGAUACCUCCAACCUUGCGUGGAGUGAGAUAUGUUGAUGGAGGGAUUUCUGACAAUUUGCCCCAAUAUGAGCUGAAGAACACAAUCACGGUGUCUCCUUUCUCGGGAGAGAGCGAUAUCUGCCCACGGGACAGUUCCACAAACAUGCAUGAGCUGAGAGUCACCAAUACCAGCAUCCAAUUCAACCUUCGCAACCUCUACCGCCUCUCAAAGGCCCUGUUUCCUCCGGAGCCACAGGUGCUGCGGGAUAUGUGCAAGCAGGGCUAUCGAGAUGCACUGCAUUUCCUGAAGAAGAAUGGUCUCCUGAAUCGUCCAAGUCCUGCCCGUCCUCUCCUUGCCAUAGAAGCACCUCCAGGAGAGAAGAAAGAGGAAGAAACUGAAGCUGAGGACCAACUAGAGGACAGCACUGCUCUUGCUGUUGUUGAAGAGCACAUCUUCGAACACUUGCCUCCCAGACUGAACCAAGCUCUCCUGGAGGCCUGUGCUGAAAGAAGAAAUUUCUUGACUGGCCUCAGCAACAUGCUGCCUGUGCGUGUGGCCACAGCCAUGAUGGUCCCCUACAUGCUGCCUCUGGAGUCUGCAGUUUCCUUCACUGUCAGGUUGCUGGAAUGGCUCCCAGAUAUCCCUGAGGAUAUAAGAUGGAUGAGGGAGCAGAUGACAGAAAUCUGCAACUAUCUUGUGAAGAAAGCCAAGAAGAAACUGGGCAGCCAUCUUUCAGCCAGGCUUUACUACCACCUCGAGCUCGGAGGGCCCCAGAAGCUGCCAAUUUCUCCCCCGCCACCUUGUGGUGAAGCACUGCCCACGUGGAUGAGAAGCAACCGCUCGGUUUCUGAUGUCAUGAUGAAGUGGGAGGAGUACCAGCGCCAGCUCAUGCUGGGCUUGCUCUGCAUCAACGUGGACAUGCAAGCCUCCCUCUUCCCUCGGGAAGGGUUUCAGUUAAAGCUUCCACCUCUAGGCUGUGCAAAAGAGUGCCUGCCACUCUUCUGAGCCUGCUGCUGUCGGGGGAUGAGGGUGGGUGGGAAGGGGAAUGGACAUAGGGUGGGACCAGUCUCAUCCCUCAGCAGCAGGCUGCUCUGUGCUCCUGAAUAUGCUGCAAAGGGGAUUUCCCCGGGAUGGAGACUGGUGGAAUUGACUGUAGCCAUUUAUUGCCCACUAGGCCAAGCAAGGGACCUUUGUGUUCACACACACAGGCUGAUUCCUUGCUCUAGACUUGUGGUGAGGCAUGGCCAUUGCCUGUGGCCAGGCUGAUGCUGACCCAGCUGGGCUCUCCCAAGUAGUGCACUUUGAAUUGCCACUGGUUUUUUACCGCCAAAUAACCAGGAUGUAGAUGACGCUCUCAAGUUCAUUCAGCUUUUACCUCCCCUGGUUUUUCAGAGCAUGUGUCUUGAUUCCUCUCCUUAAAUCAUUUGUCAACCCUUAGAUCUUUGUGCUACUGAAAGAUGAGGUAGCCUCUUGCCAAACCAAUUUUUCUCAUGGGUUUCAAAUCUCCUCUUGACUUUCUUCUUUGCUGAAACCAUGUCCUUUCUUCUCUCCCUUAAUUGUGUCCACACUGGAAGCUGGAGCUGGUCCUGCAGCAGACUACACUGGAACUGCAGAAGUGUAGAAAAUUUAUGUAUUUCCCCUAAUUCAUGUUGUCUUGGUCUCUCCCUUCUUGACUGGGAUCCUCAGGGAACUGCUGUAACUUGAACUCUGAGUGUUAAGUGAUUGAGCUUAUUUAAAGAAAUAAUUUUGACAGAUUUUUUUCCAGGGAAACAUGCUGAAUUUGAGGUCCUAUUCCUGACUCUGAAUGGAAUUGGUGUGGGGUUGCCCUGAAAAAAGCUCAGCCAGGCUAUCUCGGGAUCAUCUUAGCAGCUGAAGCAAUAUGAAGUGCAUGUAGGAAGAUGAGAAUGGUGCAGGGAAUGUUAUUUUUCAGAGGUUUGUGGUGGAGUGUCACAGCAAGUGCUGGGGAAGUAGCUGUCUCUGACAGGGGUCAGUUGGGCUUUGCUCCUUAAGGGGCUGUAAAAUUGAGGCAAAUUCCAAGUGGGUGAUACAGAAUGGAUCUCCUGCCAAACUGAGGCUUCUGUCUCUCUUUUGGUCAGAAAGUUUGGUUGUUGAGGCUUUGGAGUGAGAAGGAUUUAGGCAUGGAGCUACAUAAGCAUCACAGCUUGCCUGUCUCAUGUUGUUGCUCACAGGUCCCGCUCUGCAGAUAGUGGGAGCAUGAGAAGUGAAGAUUGUUGAUGCACAUGCAGCCACUUGGAACUGGCUCCUUUUUGUCUUGCUCCUUGAAAGACCAGAGCUAGUGGGUCUGUAGCAGAGCAAGGAGGCACUGCCUUCUCAGCAGUGAUCUGGCUGUGGCUUGUGUGAGAAGUAUGAAUUCCCUGUUCUUCACAGGGUGAAACAUGGCUUCCUGUGGGGAUUGCAUGGAUUUUAGCUUAGGUCUUCACGCUCUGACAAACCCAGCUCCUGGUACCUUUUUCUGCUUCUUGUCUUGCUGCUUGAGGCGUCUUCUACCUCUCCUAGCACAAAGAGUGUGCAAUGGCCAAAGCAAACAUAUGCUGUCUUUGCUGGGGAGCAGGACAGGGUAUCUGAAGCUGAUUACGUAGCCUGUACAUGGCAUAGUGAUUUUUAAUAGACUCUGUUUUGCGCCUUAGAUUUAGAAAGGGAAAAUAAACCCAGAAGUUGUGCUAAUAACUGGAAAAAGCAGUAAAUCUUCUUGAGCAAUGUGGGUGAUGGGGUGGGUGCUGUUUCCUACAAGCACAGUUGUGCACUAGGCAUGGGUUUGGUGUUUGUGUGGAGACUGAUAAGCAUCAGGACUUUCCUGCAGUGGCUGUGCCAAGCUGGGAGGCAAUGGAGUGGGUCUCUGCCCAGGGGAUGCCAGUGCAAGAAUGAACUUGUGACUUAGAUUGUCACCCCACUGCCCUUACUGGAUGUAACUUAGAUCUAUGUAACACAAGGGCCUGUGUAUCUUACAAAGCAGGCCUGCACUUAUGCAGUCAGAUUUAGUCUUAAGCUUUGCAUAAUUAAGUCAGGAAACAGGGAAGUCACUACAGGAAGAGAAAAAUGGGAGGAUUCUGAAAUCAGUAUAGAACAUUCAGUUACAAAACAAGUCAAUCUUGUGAUGGUUUAAAGCCCACAGAAAAAAAAUGAUAGAUGCUAGUGGAAGUGAACCAGCAACAAGCUACUGUCACUUAGUGGGGGCAGGAUGAAUUUGAUGAAAAUUGGAACUGAGAAAAAGUGUUCAUUUUGUAGUUUGGUAUGGGAUUUCUUUUCUUCCACUGUUUUGGACUACCUUUCUGGGGGACUGGUACAUGCACAGCUACUUAGAUUCCUAAAUGCAUAUCUCCUGUGCACACAGAGCAAUUGGCAAGAACAUAGAGAUAUUUAGUGGCAAGAAAUAAAGGCAUUUUAUCCAGAAGCAAAACAUUUGAGAGAGGCAAAACUGCAUAAGGAAAAUCUUGUGUUUAGAAGCUGCUGCCCUUUUGACUCUGCCUUUUUUUUUUUUUUUUUUUUUUUUUUUUGAGUUAAUAUAUGGGUGGAGAAAAAUGAUGCAAGUAUUUUUUUAUCCCUUUUUCCUGGACUGGUAAAACCACUGAGUGAUUAUGUAAACCACUAAACUAUGAAACAAAAUGCUCUUGGCAAUAAAGUGUGCUAAGAAGUUGCAGCUUGGCACCCUUAUCCCUUGCCUUUUGCAUCAGAACUGACUGGUGUGUUGCCGACUGGACUGAUGCCGUUGUCUUCCAGUGGAUCCAGAAGGGCUGGGGAUUCUGGUUCAUGCAUUUCAAGAGACCAACAACUGUGCCUGGUAAAAGGCCCGAGUUUUGUUUUGUGUUUCACCUCAUCUAUAGUUUAAUUUCUUAUAUUAACUUCUCAAUGAGAAACUUUUUGUACACUUCAAACUAUAACCACAAAUCAAAGCCUGGCUUUAAAAAUAAAGAUCUAACUCUUCACAAGGAAAUUCCUGGUUUUCCUAUGCUAAUUUGCAGGGUGUGAAUAGAUACUGGGAAAGCACCACUCUGUAUUAACUCUUUGCCUGUUUUUAUUCCCCAAGUUUUACAAUGGCUAUUGUGUGAUAGCUUGUUGGCUUUAUAGAUCUGAGCUCUGAUAAAGGAACUGCAGAUCUGUCAAAAAUACCUCAAAGUAGCCUCAUUUUCCUUUUGAAAAGUUGAACCCAUUUGCUUGAAAUUCUUGCUGCUCAUCACAGAUUGCAAAGAAUGAAGGAAUUAGGGAAGAUCACCUUUCCCACUGAUGUAGAAAAAGGGCUGUGUCAGCUUGUGAGUGGCUUUUUGUUAUGCAGUGCUGCCUUGUCUAGUUGAGACCCCACUCUUUUUGAAAUCUCUGGAAACCUUGUGAUUGGCUUUGGAUUGGAUAUGGAAGGGUUUAUAGUGAUAGUGCUCACUGGAACUGUUCAGCCCCUUGUUCUGUGUGUACAUCAUGGCAUGCAAAGCUACCUUCUGGACAGCCACUGCUGUCCACUGGGCCCCCACUUGCCAAGUCCGUAGGAGCAAGGUCACCUGUGGCUGUCAGUCCCUUCUCCAAAAUGUGUGGCUGGGCAGCCCAGCAGGGGCCUGUCUGCUCUCCAGUGUAUGGUGAGUGAGACAAAAAUUCCUGUUCCUGGACAAAAAUUCAUCUUGUAUCCAUGUCCAACAGUCCUUACAGCAUUUGCUGGAUUCCUGCACUCCAGGAGUCCCAACCCUUGCCAUUUCCACUGUUUCACAUAAAGGGUCCGUGCAUUCAGGAAUCUACUUUUUUUUUUCUACUUCCUGUGUUAUUAUUUGCUGCUUGUAACAAGGCUAAUGGUGACCUUAUGCAUCUAACCAGCCCCUAACCUGUACAACACUGUAGAGUUGUUUUGUGUACAACAGUCCGUGCCUAUGGCAUGCUCUGUAACCCACAAUUAGUGUGUAGUGUAAUUGGUUUGGUUUGCUGCCUGCCCUACUGCUAAUUGUUGCAAGCUGAUUUUCAAGGGCUAGGAGAAAAUACUGACCACUAUGUAUAGGACCUAGGAAUUGUUUUCUCAUGGCUUCUUGGAUGGCUGUGUACCUGCAACACUCAGACCAGAGGAUAAAAGAGAAUCUGCUGUCUGCUGGGGUGUUGCUAGUACUUUUAUAUUCCCCAGUGGUUUUAUUAAUUUAUAAAAAUUAUCAAAUAAUUCACUACUUCCUUGGAGAAAAGAGCUUUCACUUUCACCAAAGUGGUUGUGGGAGAAAUACCUGAAACUCUGUGUGUGUUUAUUCCUUUGGGGGGGGGUCCAUUUCUACUAAAUAUAUGCUGGUUGGGGUGGCUAGCAGGGCUGCCAAAGUCAGAGGGCCUUGCCAACAGUUUUCUCAAGCUUUGAUCUUGUCUUCUCCUUAACUCAGUGAGAGAAUGGACCAGCUCACCUGGCUGCCAUGUCAGCCAGCUUGUUUGUGCCAAACACAUGCUGUGCCUCCUGUCCUCCUGGUGUCUGCCUUUCUGAGUGCAGCAGGACUCCCCUCUCCUCUCCCUCCUUCCCCUUGCCUGCUGCUGGGACAUUGCUCCUUUUCCAACCUGCAGGCAGCUCCACUAGGACAGCACCUAACUGCAUCCAUCUCACUCUGUGGAUCCACAUCAGCUCACCUUCACAGGGAGGAUGAAACUCUAGUUACAAACAGAAGACUUGGAAAUAUAACUUUGAAAUAAAUACCUCUCACUUCUGGGGUUUUCUCUUGUUCUUGAAAACAGCAUCCAAAGCAGCUCUUUGAGCUUUGUGUGUCCUGGGACUCCACUGCUGCCACUGAGUUUUAGAAGACCCUUAAGCACACAACAUAGGCGGAGGUCCUGUGGAAAUUACUGGUGUCAGAGCAGCAACUAGACCAGCAAUAGCAUACAGAAGUUAUGUAUUUACAUAGCAAUGUCACUAAGUAGUGUUCACAGUCACUUUAAAAGUUCAGUAUUAAAUUGUUGAUGCUUUUUUUUUUCCCCUCCUGUUUCUAUUUUCUAAUGUUUUGCUGAAGAAAAUGUAACUAUUUAUUUUGGCAGAAAUAUAUCUUCUAAUAAAAACUUUCUCAGUAUAUUUA